UGUGUUGGCUAUUAGAUGAAUAAACAGUUUUGCGCGGUAGUGGCGCGCGCGCUCGGGUUGGUGUGAUCACGGCGCGCGGCUCCAAUCUCUUCCCACACUCGGCGCUGAGUGACGUCACCAGGCUGCCUCGGCUGAGCUCGCCGCUCCGUACGGCACACGGUCGGGAAAAUAAAAUGCUGCUCUCCGCACCGCCAAGGACAGGAACCAGCCCGUACAACGGCUACACUCACAGGACCGGCAAAAAGGCGUAUGUGUCCUCCACCCAACAGAUGGCACCUCCCAGUCCCAACCCCACAUCCAGCAGUAAUGGGAGCAGUGGUGGAGUGGACCAGCUGAGCAAAACCAACCUCUAUAUCCGUGGCCUCCAUCCAGGGACCACAGACCAAGACCUGGUUAAACUCUGUCAGCCGUAUGGCAAGAUCGUGUCUACCAAGGCCAUCCUGGACAAGACCACCAACAAGUGCAAAGGUUACGGUUUUGUUGACUUUGACAGUCCUGCAUCUGCGCAGAAAGCUGUUACAGCACUGAAGGCCACUGGAGUUCAGGCUCAGAUGGCAAAGCAACAGGAGCAGGACCCUACCAACCUGUAUAUCUCCAACUUGCCUCUGUCCAUGGACGAGCAGGAGCUGGAGAGCAUGCUGAAGCCCUUCAGUCAGGUCAUCUCCACACGCAUUCUCCGUGACGCCAGUGGUGCCAGUAGAGGGGUGGGCUUUGCCAGGAUGGAAUCGACAGAAAAAUGUGAGGCCGUUAUUCAGCAUUUCAAUGGCAAAUACAUCAAGACACCACCUGGAGUGGCAGUGCCUAUGGAGCCUCUGCUGUGCAAGUUUGCCGACGGGGGGCAGAGGAAACGUCAGAGUCAGGGCAAAUAUCUUCUAAACGGUCGGCCGUGGACGAGAGAUGGGGAGACGGGUGGAAUGAUGCUGACCUACGACCCGACCCCUGCCCUACAGAAUGGGUUCUACUCCUCUCCCUACUGCAUUGCUCCCAACAGAAUGAUCACACAGACCUCUGUCUCUCCAUACAUGCAUUCCCCUGUUUCAACAUACCAGGUACACAAUCCAUCCUGGAUGCACCAUCAGUCGUACCUCAUGCAGCCCACGGGAACACUCCUAACACCUACCAUGGAUCACACACUGUCCAUCCAGCCUGCUGCCAUGAUGCCACUGACCCAGCAGCUCAGUCAUCUUUCCCUGGGCAGCAGCGGCACGUACAUACCUGCAAACACAGCUAUGCAAGGGACAUACAUACCCCAGUACACCCAAGUGCCUCCUGCCAGUGUCUCAGUCGAGGAAAACGGUGUCCAGCAGCCACAAGUUACUAUUGAGGCAACCACAGAGCAUCCAGCAUAUUCCUACCAGCAUGGCAAAUGAAGACAAGCUCAUCCGUGCAGGAAUCAGCAGUCAACGUGUCUCCACUUUCUGCUGCUGUGGACAUCAAAGGAGAGACACUGAUAUCUAAAGGAGCCUGUCACCUAGUCAAUUAAAGGAAACAGACAUUAAUUCUACUGGAGACUCUUUCAAGAGUGCAAAGACCAAGCAAUGGAAAGUUUAACCUUUUUUGGCAGCAUUAAAAACAACAUGAAGGAAGCUAUGCACUCAAAAGGAGGGCAAUGAAACACAUGUACAAAUACACAUUAUCUCACACACACACACACACACACACACACGCACACACUCGAGAAUUCUUUUUUUCUUUUGGCACUUAAAAUACGCCUUUAUUUUGGUCAUCCAGAGUGAACCAGAGAAAACACUAUCAUUUUAGAACAGUAGUUUGUAGUUUAUUUUUAAACUAUUUUUCUUUUUUCCAUUUCGCCCAAUUGUUUUAAAUAUGUGACUGCUUUAAGUCUGUUUUAGAGGUAGGUUUUUUUGUACAUACAAAAGGGCAAUGUUUUUUGUUUUGUUUUGUUUUUUAACGUUUUUGCUGCAUUUUUUUUUUUUUUUUUAAAUUGAAUAUCAAAGAAACAGUUUUAAUUAAAUGUGGAACAAGCUGCUUAAGAGUGACUCUAAAGCAGUUAAAAAUAUGGUGGAAAAUAUGUUCUGUUGUAAACGUCCACAUCACCCAGCAGUAUGACGUGACUCACAGUUGCUAUUUUUAACGAAGGUCAGAGUUUAUUAAUAGUGGAAUCAAGCUCAUAGACAUGCUGUUCUGCCUCUGUCCCUAAAAUGCUGCUUUGUCUCAGAACCAAGGUCGUACUCUUUUGAGAUAUUUUUUUCUUAUUUAAAGUGAAAUUGUCUUUUUCAGAAAAUUGACAGAAAACUUUCCUAAAAUAAUUAAAUGCCAGCAUAGCAUGGUCUUCUGCAUACUUGUGAUAUUUCACAUCCAUUUCAUUUAAAACAGUUUCAUGAUUGCACUCAGGCCCAGGACAAACCCUGUUCUUGACCAUUAAAUGUUGAUUAAAUGGGGCUAUUCCACCAAUCAAUGGAUCCCCAGGGCCACCACCUGGUCUGGGCCUGGGAGAACUUCUCCACUGAGAUGUGGGUGACUGUACUCUAGUGGACUCUAGUGGUAGUGAGAUAUCCAGGUGAUAAACUGACAAAAUUAUGUAACAACUAUACACACUAGAGGUACACGGGGUAAUUUCUUUAAAUCCCAUUCCUACCUACUCCAGAAGGAAAUCUUACCAAUCCCACCCAUUCUUGAACAAUUCCACCCAAUCCCCCAGAAGGUUUGACCUCUGACUCCAGUUGUUGUUUUUUUGUUUUUUUUGACCUGCCUGUGAUAUUUUCUAAUGAACUUAAUUGGCUGUAUUUCAUUCAUUCAUUCAUUCAUCUUCAGUAACCAGAUUAUCCUGGUCAGGGUUGUGGUGGAGCCAGAGCCUAUUCCAGCAACACUGGGCGCAGGUUGGCGGUUAUCAUUCUUGGGGGGAUGCCAGUCCAUUGCACGCCCCCAUGCAUACAUAUUCUGUGUCACACUUAGGGGCAUAUUAGAGUAGCCAAUAUAUCUACCUGCAUGAUUUUGGCCAGUGGUAGGAAAACGCAAAACUCCUAACAGAGAGUAACCCAAGCUCAGGAUUGAACCAGGGACCCUGGAGCUGAGUUAGCUCUAUUUCACCCCUCCUAAGCACGAGGGAUACCUUCUUAUGUGCAUGCUCAUGUAUGCCAAGACCUUCCAACAAAAGUGACAAAGUGAUGCAUGAUAGAGAUUUUCCAAUAAAUACAGAUGUCAUGCUGCCAUCUUUCCCUGUCUUCUUCUCACCUCAUACAUAUCUGACCUCAUGUACACCUUAUGGAUCCAUUUGCAUGUCAGAUUGUAGCUACAGUCUGAGCUACAGGUACCCUGUCCUCACUCACUGGACAGCGAUUACGUCCCGAUAACAACGUCACAGGAGUACAAAUUCAGUCCCGUAGUUGGCCCCUAUCCUUUUCAGGGCUCAGGGCCUUGUCAGUGGCAGAAGCCAUCAAGAUUGCUGUUCUGAUCCAUGAGGUUCUUUCCCUUUUGGAUAGAUUUGCAGUCAAAAAGAUAUACCUCAUGGUUCCAAACAAAUGGUUUCUACUCAGUGUACUUUCUUGUUCAGAAGGACGGUGGUUUCUGCCCCAUUCUAGAUCUGAGAUGGUUACACUGCUUCCUAAAAUCAUUGCUUCUGCAUGCAAGGAUAUCAGUUGUUAUUCAUGCUGUUGCAACCACAGGAGUAAUUCACAUCAGUGGAUCUGCACAAUGCAUAUUUCUAUGUUCACACUGCUCAGAACACAAAUGCCUUCUGAGGCUUGCCUUCCAAGGAUAGGCAUUUCAAUGUCCUACUCUUUGGCCACUCUCUAGUGCCACAGGUGUUCAAGAUGUAUGCAGGGGACUUGUCGCCUUUAAUGGCCAGAGAUAGCAGGAUAUAGCCAUAUUUGGACAACUACCUCCUAUGGGGCCCAACUAAGGAAAAGGCCAUGUUCUCAUCUUAGCUAGAGAGGCAUGAGCUCUAGCUCGCUGGAGAAGCAAGAACUUUCUCACAAAAGGGGUGGCAUGAGAUCAGAACACAGCAAGCAGUUGGAACUGAGAGGCCGACACUGACAUGUUGAUCCAUUUGGAUCACAUUUGGGUCACCAGGGUGCCAUGAGGUCAGAUGGCACUCUCUGCCUUGCAUAAAUGCCCAUCCAUGGUUAGCUUAACGGAGAGCAACUCACCUACAGGGCCUCCACAAGGGUGUAGCAGAGGCGAUAUUAAGGGGUGAACUGCACCCAGAAGUGGUGUCCCAGAUCUGGAAAAGUUUUGGCAAGAUGCAGAUGAACCUCUUUGGUGAUGGCAAAACAAAUCACUGCCAACCGUGGUUCUCUCUGGUGGACAGCCUGCUGGGACGAGAUGCACCGGCCCAUCACUGGCCCCACUGUCAACUGUAGACAUUUCUGCAUUGAAUGCAUUGACAGCCAGUUAAUUAUAUAAUCUUUUGGUUAAAGCUGGGUUUCUUCCAGAAGUCAUAUCAAUGAAUCUUGUUAACCAAUGGAUUGAUCUUUUCCAUGAUGGUGAUCCUGCAGCGGGUUCCUUGUUGCCCAGUAAACAGUAUUAUUAGGACCAGAUGGCAGCCAUGCAAUCAUCAGAUCAAGUGUUUAUCGGUCAUGGAGGACAGCCAAAAGGAGCUUAUUA